AUGGGUUCCUGGCGGGAGGACUUCUCCCCGCCCAUUGUCCCCGGCCUGGCCAGGACGUCCGGAGACAUCUCAGGGGACGCGACGUCGGGGUUAUGUAAUACCGCCAGGCCCCGGGGAGGGGCGGAACGGCGCUCGGGUAAAAAUGGACGCGGCGCCGCGCGAGUUCCCGAGGCCGCGCACGCUCCCUCGCGAGAACUGGGGGCCGCGCGCCUGAGUCACCGCCCGCCCCCCUGCGAGGAGCGCGGACACCCGCCCAUCCGCACAAACUCUUGGAUUCCUGAGUGCUUGGAAGCCAGCGCGGCUCAGAAUAUUCCAGGACCGUCGGGAAGCAUCCACCCGGGCUCGAGCGGUUCAGUUCACCUGAUUGUCUUGGGGCUCACCCCAUCCUGGUUCCAGAGAAGGACACCUGACCUAGGUCCAGCCAGUCAGAGUGUUCCAAUUGGGCUGGCCUCUGAGGACAGUGAUCGGGUCAGAGAAACUAAACACCGUAUCCUGGGAACUGAACAUCUCUGGGGCCAGGGGACCUGGUUUGGAGACAGUUCUGAGGACAUAUCCUCCUUUUUGCUGCGUAUCCAACCACAGUGCCCCGUGGAAACCUGGGACGUCCCAGCAGAAGAGGUGCCCGGGAUGGCGCGGGGUCGAGUCCAGCGCCUUCACUGUCCCCCAUCCGGGGGCCGCCGCUCCGGGCCGGGGGAUCUUCCUCUCCAGGGGACCUUCCCAACUCAGGGAUGGAAUCCGUGUCCGCUGCGGUUCCUGCACUGGCAAGCGAAUUCUUUAACACCAGCCCCUAAGAGGAAGCUGUUUGGCAGUGAGGCUUGUGGUAUCUUAGUUCUCCGACCUGGGAUGGAAUCUGGAUCCCAGCAAUGAAAGCGCCAAUUCCUAACCUCUAGACAGCCAGGGAAUUCCCAGAACUGCCUUUUCAAAUAAAUGGUGUUGGGGACUUCCCUGAUGGUUCAGUGGCUAAGACUCUACA